AUGAGCAGUAGUCGUAUGACACGCUCACGUCGAAGGGAAAGUGGCGGAGAGGAAUCUUCUCUCAUGGAAAAUCCGAGGGUUCCAGAAGAAAUUUCAUCACCUUCAGUGGACCCUCUUUUAACUCCUUCGGCGGUCUAUCAGCUUGAUCUGCAGAAGAUCUUGUCACAACAACAAGAAGCGGCAAGACAACAACAAGAAGCUGCUGCUCGACAACAGCAACAACUAAUCCAGCUGCUUCAAGAGCAACAGGAACAACGGAGGCGAGAAGGAGAGGCUCGAGAGCGUUCAGAAACUAAUCCUCAAGACCUUCUUCGGACGACUGUGGCGGCCCUUCAAUCCGUUCAUCAAAUGAGUGGCACUGGAGGACCGGCUGUUACACCACAAGGUUCUAGAGUCGCUACUCCUGUUCCCUCUCCUGUUCCCUCGCCUGUUCCUGUUCCCGUUGUUCAAGAGAUCCGACAUCCAGGAUGA